ACUACCACGACGACCACGACGACCACGACGACGACGUCGACGACGUCGACAAUGCGCACCAGCGACGGUUCGAGGAGGCCGCUCGAGGAGGACCGAGAACCGGGAAACCGGGCUGCAAUUAUCCACAGUGCCUCGUGAACACUCGCAGAUUCAUGUUGCCGGAAAGCAAAUUUCCCGUCACAGGGGGCAUUAUGCAAACUGAGGAAGUCGUGCCCCGUGCACAAUCAACGGGGUUAGAUGGUUCCGUGUCCGAUCGUACAACAACACCUUUUCAACAACCACUCCGAUUUACACAGCAUAUUCAAUAUCCGCACCCGUCCUUCAGCAACAUGGCAGUGAAGCAAGAGCCUCAAGAGGAGGACGAUCGGGGCCGAAAGCCAAACACACUUAGUCCACAGACGGAAAUCGAAGACGCACAGUCCGUUCCCGAUGGGAGCCUCAAUCACAAACGUGCUAUAGAUCAAUCCAGUUCCGAGUUUGACAGCCUCAAUGUUCAAGCUCCUCAACAACAGAAUGGUUGCAAAAAGCCGGCCAGCCGUGGCCGCAGGAAGUCCCGUUGGAAGCUUAAGUUUCAUCACCAAGCACUUCCACCAGAGUAUCUUGAUCAUUACGAGGCAGCUUUAGCUCAAGAGGCUGCCUUAAAUUCCUCGGCAACCGUUGCCGCUGAAUCACGUAUCGCGAGUCCAGCUCCGAUGACUCCGAUGCCAGCCUUCACCCCGACCCCGAGUCCUAUGGUCGACGUUCAGAGUUGGCUGCAGCGACUAACCGCGAUGCAGAACGAGAUAUAUUCGAAUCCGCUUCAAGCCCCUCCGAUGUCGGGCGCCAAUCUCUGCCAAACUACGGCUUCUCGAAGAUCCGUUAUCACCUCGACCCAAUCGACGCAAUCCAUUCAUUUGCCGCACUCCACAUUUAACCACCACCACCACCACCACCACCACCACCACCACCAACAGCAACAGCAACAGCAACAGCAACAGCAACAGCAACAUCAUCACACACAUCGUCAGAAUGGCCCUGCUCAACCGAGUCCGAGACCGCCAAUGAAGUAUUCGGAUUUGCCAUAUAUGGGGGAAAUUACACUCGACAAUAGCAAGCCUCGCCGUGGUCGGAAGCCUAAGAAAGCAGACAUUUGUCACUUGAUUUAUAAAAAUUAUGGCACCAUAUUACCCGGUACCCCUGGACUCGAGGAUAAGUCCAAGCUAACCUCGUUACGAGAGAAACUCGAUUUAAAAGAUGCGCAACUGCCAACAUCAUUUCAGCGUACCGAUAUUCAGAAUAGAAUCAGCAGUUUGUUAGAGAAGCGUUUGACCCAGGAACGACGCGCUCUUGAAAUUUCAGUUGAUAAUGUGAAGGAACAGGAGGAGCCACUGAAUUUAUGUAUUCGUGAUUUGAAUCUUUUGAAGAUAAGGCUCGGUGAGAGACAUAGUAGCGCCUUCGGAUCUUGCCACUCGAAAAGUGAAGGUUCGAGCGAUACGGAAGAUAUCGAAUACUUAGGCGCGACUUGUCAGAAUUUCUGCGAAUCCGGACAUCACAUAAAAGCCAAUAAUGACGUGAACAAUAUCGAUACCAAGUGCAUCGAUACGGACAGCCGGUCACUUACAAAUAAUAACAAUCAUCAAAUGCACAAUUGUAAUAACGAUAGUAAUGAAACUAACGGGAACAGCAAUGAUUUAGUAAAUAACAACAACGAUUCAAAAUCUAAAGACAAUCCUGGCUUUUUGUAUUGGCCUAAUGCAGGAGUAUUCAUUCAUCCAGUAGCUUUGCAGUCGCAAUUCUUGUACUAUCAAAAGUUAGCCCAAGAGAAGGUGUCGCCAGGCUCGGAACAACUGUCAAAGGAACAGCGCAGCGUCGUUCCAAAAUCCAUCUACUCUAUCUUGGAUAAUGCGAAAGCAGCGCAGCCUAUAGAAGUUCAACCACCAGUCGCACCAUCUAUCGAAGCAACUUCGCAGAUAGAAACGCAAAUGGCUUCUACCCCAUCACCUAGACCGAAGAGGAAUGCGAACAAUCAAAGCUCGUCGUCGUCGUCAUCAAGCCAGCCAAUAAAGAGAAAGAGGUCAGCAAUAUUUAUACCGCCCAUGCCUACGGAAAAUAAUAAUAAUCCAGCUACGGAAGUUAGCAUUUGUAAAUUUAAAUUCACGGGCGGCGCCAAGCCGACCUUGCAAGAAAAGAAGAGUCUGUCGGUAGAUUCCGGUGGCAAUUUCCGAUAUUAUAGCGGAACCGGUGAUAAAAGUAUGCGAGGUUACGAAUUUUUUCCAAGAGAAGCUCUGCAGCAACCAGCAAAUCAAGCUGGGGGAUCGUCGGCCGGUGCGUUCCUAACGGCAGCUGCCGAAAGGAUCCCUCAAGCAACUUGUCCGCGGCCAUGUAGCGUCCAAGACGAUAGCCGGAGAAAGCGAAAAACGAGGAAAAGCAUUCAGAGGGAAAAGCUGGAACAAACGUUUAAGGAGAAGGGAUUCUUAAUACAAACACAGCAGUUGGAGUCGGCGGAGGGCGCGACUUAUUGCAAAUUUCGACAGCUGCGUAAGUUCACUAGAUACUUAUUCAGAAGCUGGAAGGACUAUUUGCCGGGAAAUGUGCGCGAGUUAACGGAUUCGGGUGAGCCAAUCGCGAGUUUAAAAGAUGUCGAACAAGAUGCCGAGAGUUUGCCCGUAUCGCCACUGCCGCCCAAUAAUGUCGAACUCCAACAAAGUUUGAUCGAGAAUUCGCCGCCAAGUCUUUCGCUUAAUUAAUGGUUUUGUUCAGUGACACAAGCCUUAAAAGUAAUUUAAUAACGCUCAAGUGACAAGUGUUGAAUAAUAAUUUUGUGAUGUGUAAGUAAAUGAUUUAAUUGUUUAUGUUAUAAGUGAUAAACAGCAGCUCAAAUAAUUGAAGAAAA